AUGUCGCUCGAUCCGCCAACCUACAUCCUCUCGCUGCAGAACAACAUCCGCACUCGUCCCAUCUCGUGGGAGGGCGCCGUGCGCGCCAAGACCAUCACCGACCAGGACCUGAAGAAGAUCAAGUCGAUUGACAAGGUCCGGAAAGAGCAGCGCAAGCAGGCCAUCGAACAAGACUCUCAGAGCUUUGUUUCCUUGCUGCUCGGUGCCGGCGAUGCCCAGGACAUCUUCCAGGCCGCGCAGAAGGGCAAGCGUCAGGACAUCAUCCAGUACAUGCUGGUGCUCGCCGGCGACCUUGUAGAGGACAUCCCGUCCUUCCUCACCGCCUUGACGCAGCACCCUCAGCCCUUCGCACCUUUCCUGCCGCUACUGAAGCAGUCCACCAACCCCGAAGACCCUAUCCCGCUCCUCGCAUCGGCAGUCCUCACCGCUUUGAUAUCCGAGUCCCUGGUCUCGAAUCCCAAGCAGUCUGCACAGGUCGAGGAAGCUCUGCCGCAGCUUUACACCUACCUUGCAACCUUGGCCAAGAGCUCCGAUGCCGGUCUCCAAGAUAUUGCGGUGCAGGAGUACUCGGCGCUGCUGAGAACCUCCAAGGCGAGAUCGCUGUUCUGGAAGCAAAGGAAGGAGACACUGAACCCGCUGGUUGAGAUCCUCAAAACGGCAGCAGGCAACGUGAAGGACACUGACUCCACUUUGUAUGGGAGCACAAGUGCCAGCAUCCGCAGCAACGUAGACGUUGGUCUGGCUGGAGGCGUCGGUCUGCAGCUCCUGUACCACGUUCUUCUUGUGAUAUGGCAGCUGAGCUUUGAAGCCAAGCUUGUGGCUGAUGGCCUAGACGAGGAGCACGACCUUGUCACUCUGUACGCUCAGCUCCUGCGUGCAUCGCCCAAGGAGAAGACUACCCGCCUCCUUCUUUCCACGCUCCGCAACCUCUUCAGCGCCCGCCCCGACUCGCUGCUACCCGCAGCGACGCUGGCCAAGCUCCCCCAGCACCUCCAGACGCUGCAGUCGCGGCACCUGACGGAUGAAGAUCUGCUGGAGGACCUGAACGCGCUCAAGGACAUGCUCGAGGAGUACACCAAGACGCAGACGACGUUCGACCAGUACGCGGCCGAGGUGCACGCGGGCCACCUGCGGUGGUCGCCGCCGCACCGCAACCCGACGUUCUGGCGCGAGAACGCGCGGCGCAUCGUCGAGGAGGGCAACGCCGACCUGCCGCGCAAGCUGGCCGAGAUCCUGGCCAAGCCGUGGGACCAGGACAAGCAGGUCCUCGCCAUCGGCUGCAACGACGUGGCCUGCCUGAUCCGCGAGGUGCCCGAGAAGCGCCCCACGCUCGAGAAGAUCGGCCUCAAGGCCCGCGUCAUGGAGCUCAUGGCCGACAAGGAUGAGACGGUCAGGUGGGAGAGUCUGAGGGCCGUCGGCGAGUGGUUGAGGUACAGCUUUGACUAA